UUGCAGAGACCCGGGACAGUUACAGGUGGAACAGGCCUGGGUGUUCUUUAGUGCCAACUACUCAGUAGGUUCUUGCCCUUUCCCACAAGGUGAUGGUAGGUGUCCUCCUGACAGCUGGGCCUCAGGAGUUCCAGUUUCCAAACCUGUCUUGAAAUCCCAGCUGGAUCGAGCAGAUCUGCCCUUGGUCCUACAUCUGUCCCACACUGAGAUUGAAAACCUUCUUGAUGAGAAAUUAGACACAUUCAUUAUGUCUUCCAAACGCCCAUCUGACGGUAGUGGCGCUUCAGAGAAGAAAAUCCAGCGCAAAUCUAUCUCUUUGGAAAGGAAAAUCGAGAUAAUCAAGAGAGUAGAAGCUGGAGAGACGAAGAGUGAGGUGGCCCGUUCAUUUGGCCUGGCACAGUCAACCUUAAAAUCCAUUUUAAACCAAGCUGACAGAGUGAAGGCCUCCGUGCACAAUUCUAGUAACCUCACUGCUGCCAAGGUGACCCGAAUCCGAAGUAGUGUCAUGGAGAAAAUGGAGAACAUGUUAAGUGUUUGGGUGGAUAACAUGAUACAGCAUAACAUGCCGCUGAGCCAGGCAUUGAUCAUGCAGAAGGCUCUGAGUUUAUUUGAUCAUUUGAAAGCACAGGCAGGUGAAGAAUCCAGUAAAACAUUUGUGGCUUCCCGUGGAUGGUUUGAGAAGUUCAAAAAACGAAAUAAAAUUAGUAACAUUCGCAUCUUGGGGGAAAGUGCCAGUGCUGACAUUAAGGCAGCAGCAGAAUUUCCCGCAGCACUCAAGGCUGUGAUCGAGAGAGGAAAAUAUUCUCCAAAUUUGGUUUUUAAUGUGAGUGAAACAGCACUGUUCUGGAAACGCUUGCCUUCCAGAGCUCUCUCUGAAGAAGAGAAGGAUGCUGCUGACUUGAAAGCUGUUAAAGACCGUCUGACUGUCGUGCUAGGUAGUAACGCCUCAGGAAACAUUAAACUGAAGCCUCUAGUCGUCUACCAUUCUGAGACUCCUAAACAUAUGAGAGGUUUUUCUAAACUUACUCUGCCUGUUAUCUGGAAGUCCAACAAAAAGGCCUGGGUGACAACAGACAUGGUUAAUGAUUGGAUUGUUAAUCAUUUUUGUCCUGUGGUUCAGUGUUAUUGCACAGAAUAUGGUUUUAAACCCAAAGCACUGUUAAUCUUAGAUAGUUCCAUGGGCAACCUGUCAAAUUUUGACUCGCUUCAGACAUGUAUUCCCCUUGAGGUCUUGUUUUUUCCCCCAAACACAGCCUCACUUCUGCAACCCCUGGACCAGGGUGUUUUUGCAGUGUUUAAAGCUUAUUAUCUGAGGUGCAUGUUUAGUCAGAUACUUGAGGUUAACAGAAAUAAUAAGCAGUUUUCAGUCAGGGAAAUUUGGAAGGAUUAUAACAUCAUGAAGGCAAUCGACAAUGUCAAAAUAUCCUGGGCAGAGGUGAAUAGCCAUUACUUGAGUAGUGUUUGGCGCAAAGUGUGGCCUGAUUUAGAGAAUGAUUUCUUUGAGGUAGAGUCUGAGAUUUUGGCUAUUGCUACAGAGGUCGAGCACUUGGCAAAGCUACUAGGCUUUGAGGAGGUCACCCUCGAUGAUGUACAAGAGCUGUUGGAUAACUCAGGAGACACAUCCAACGAAGAUCCCCAGGGCUUUCCAGAGGAAAAAGUCGAGAGCAAGGAUGAUGAGAAGGAGCCUGCCCCAGAACGAAUAUUAACAACGAAGGUUCUGUCUGAUUGCUUGGCUGAAAUUUCACAUGCAUUAGAGGUUUUGUCAGAGAACGAUCCUGACUGUGAACGAAGCUGUUCAGUGAAGCGGACAGUUUUACAGGCUAUGGACUGCUACUCAGAAAUGCUCCAGGACAGAAAGAAGGCAUGUCCAGCUAAUUUGGAAGUUUUCUUAGAGAAACCUAACCCUCAGCCACAAGAGUCACAGUCAGGUUCAUCUGCCAACCUGUGCAACUCAUGAGCCCUCAGCUCAUCCUCCUGACAGUGCAGGGAAACAAGGCUAGAGUAAAAGCUGCUUUUUGAGUGUGUGUGUGUGUGUGUGUGGUGAGUUAUACAUUUUAAAAGUCUACAUGAAUUUGAAAACAUUGUUAAUGUGCUUUUGUACAGCACAUAUGGCGAUUUUAGAAUUAAGUGAUCUUGACAUAUCAUAAUUCCCCCCUUGUGACAACCUAAAACACAAGCUUAAUCCUCUGGGAUAUACUCCUAUGUGGAGAGCUGUACAAACUGAAAUUUUUCCCUGGCCUUCUAGGUUGAAGUUCUUGCUCCUAGAUGAUGCUGAUUGGUUACUGAAACCUGGAAUUCAGGGUUUUUUUUCCAAAAUGGACAGUGAUCUUUGAAGCUGAAAUUAAUCCACUUGGGAAAAAUAAAUCACUACUAUUUUUCUAGCUAUAUGUAAAGACUAUGAGAAAAAAGAUACCACUUUAAGAGGGGCUAAGGUGAGGAACACUGGGCCUGUGAGCGUAUUGGUAUAGGUAACUCCAAGGGGAAGGAACCCCUGUGCCAAUGUCAAGUGACUUGCCCAAGUUCACAGAGCCAAUAUGUGCCAAAGGUAAAGAUUUGAACCCAGAGCUGCUUUAAGCCUAGUUUUCUGUGCACUGGUACCAUUUGCAGCAAGAUAUCCAUGUGCAUCUUAAUAUCACAGGUACUUGAAUAAACCACCUAGAUUUCUCCUUCUUUUAUUUGCUUUAACAAAAAUUUUGAAUAUCCUAGCCUCUGAGAAAUCCACUAACUUUCAAGUACCUCUUUAGGGUUCUGAGCCAAGUACCUCAUUUAUUCAUUGACUGAAUACAUUGAUUGCUUCUUCUAUAUCUCUUGCAGUUUUUAAGCUUCCUGAAUCAUCUGUGGAAAGACAUUUUGGGAGCAAAAUUGUCUAUUGUCCUUUCCCAGGUCAUACCUAUUGAGAAUUGAAAUGGUGGCUCAGCUACCCUAGAUCUCAUGAAUUGGGAAUUCCCUGACUUAGAGGAAAAUUGGUAAAAGAGCAAAGUGUGGGAUACCUUGGGUUCCUGCUAUGUCUUGUAUUUCUGUUCUUAACUCUCCAUCCAGUGUGCAGGAGUUCAGGACUGCCUUAAUGAUUUUUUUCACAUAGAAAAAAUGAUUUAUCAAACCCCUUUGCUGAGAAAAAACAUUUCUUCCUGGCUGCCCCUGCUAGCCACUCUUCAAAUUGCUAAGUAACAGCAUUCACCAUUGCUUCGAAUGAUUCUGUCUCUAGCAAUGGUGUUUUACUCUCUUUAACAAAGUGUUUUAAAAACCUGUUUGUUAAUCAGCAUUAUGUGGUAUCAGAUGUGGAUCUGAGGCCAGGUUCCACCACUUGUUAUGGGUUGCCACUGCUAUGUUAUUUAGCCUUUUCAGUCUUUAGUGUCUUGACUGUUAAAAUGGGAAUGUUACUUAUCUAACCUACCUCACACUUUGAAAAUGAAAAUGUAGAAAUGUGAGCUGCUAUCAUUACUGUACCUUAAAAGUUUAAAUCCAAUAAAUCAAUAAAUGAGCAUUUGUUAAAUAC